AUAGGGACAGGGUUUUUCCAUAAAAAUAAAAACCAUGGAAAAUGUAAGUGAAAAAUUGGAAAAUUUAAAGGUGAAUACUUCAGAAAGUGAAAAAAACUCAUCGAGUAGCUCAAGCGAUUCUUCCAGUGAAGAAGAAGAUGUAGCACCAUCCUUUCCGGUCGCAAUGUGGGAUUUCAACCAGUGCGACCCGAAAAAAUGUUCUGGUCGCAAACUGGCCCGCUUGAAACUCAUCAAAACCCUAAAAAUAAAACAAAAAUUUCCCGGAAUCGUGCUGACCCCCACAGGAGAAAAAUGCGUCAGCCCUGCAGACCGACACAUUGUCAGCAGUAAAGGCAUCGGGGUCGUUGAUUGUUCUUGGGCCAGAAUCGACGAAACUCCUAUAGCAGCCCUUAAACCUGCUCAUGGAAGACUACUGCCUUUUUUGGUAGCAGCUAAUCCUAUAAACUAUGGCAAACCUUUGCAGUUAAGCUGCGUUGAAGCUAUCGCAGCUACCAUGUAUAUAACAGGAUUUAAAAAAGAGGCUAGAUUUUAUUUGGAUAAGUUCUCUUGGGGGCAUUCUUUUAUUGAUUUGAAUAAGGACAUUUUGGAAAUAUAUUCCAACUGUACUGACAGUCAAAGUGUUGUUACUGAACAGACUAAAUAUAUUGAAAAUGAACAGAGGUUACAAAAGGACAGGCAAGCUUCUAGAGAUUUUCCUUCUAGCUCUGAUAGUGAAGAAGAUUCAGAUGAAGAGAAUAGCAUAGUUAGCAGAACUUAGAAUAAGAAAAAAGCUUAAUACAUUGUAUAAAAAAAUUUAUAUUAUAAACAUAAUAUAUGUCAUUUAGAAAAAAAAAAAUGUUUUCUUCAGCAACACUUCUUUUCCUUAUAUUACCAUUCCUUCUACAUCAUAGUUGACUUAUGGAAUAAUUAAAAGCAAUUCCUAAAUUCCCUAAACAAAGAAAAAAAAACAUAUUUACAUAAUACAAAAUUCAAUAAUUAUUCAUGUGGCCGUCACUUCUUCCAACGUCAAAUGGGCAAUGAACCUCAGUCUCAAUUGCAAGGGAGCCCUCAGUUUCCUCACAAUAGUCUCGAUUUCCUUUUUCAUGCUGUCACCCACAAACAUGUACUUUAUAUGAUACAACAAGUCACAAAUCGGAUCCAUAUACUUCAGAUCUGUCUGAGAUGAAUCAACUUGAGCUAAAAGCUCAUAAAUUGAAGUUGUCAGUUGAACCAGAGCGGUGUUAGUAACGCGUUGUAAAAACGGUCCCACAAGAUGACAAACAAACAAAAAUUGUUCUUCAGUGCGGACUACUGCUGGUAAACAUUCUCGUACCCAUCUUGGUACACUAGCAAUUUGUCCAGGACCUGCGUGAUGCCAAACAGAAUGAGCAAGUGCUAGCAUAUAGCUGAAGCGGUUGUGGAGAAGCCCCAAAUGAGUUUC